AUGGGUGUCGAUCUCGAGCACAACGGCCGCAAGAAGAAGGGCGGUCGCAGGACAGUGAAGUCGCAAAACCCGUACCUGCGCCUCCUCGUAAAGCUCUACCAGUUCCUGGCACGUCGCACCAACAGCAGCUUCAAUGCCGUGGUUCUGAAGCGUCUGAUGGGCCCGAAGAGGCUGAAGGCUCCGAUGUCUCUGUCGAAGCUCGCGCGUCACAUGAAGGACAAGGAAGACCACAUUGCAGUUCUCGUCGGCUCCGUCACCGACGACAUUCGCAUGGUCCACGUCCCGAAAUUGAGCGUUUGCGCUCUGCGAUUCUCGGAGACUGCGCGUCGCCGCUUGGAGAAAGCUGGAGGCGAAUGCAUCACCUUUGAUCAACUCGCUCUUCGUCGCCCCAAAGGCUCCAAGUGCGUUCUUCUCCGUGCAGCAACCAAGAGCCGCGAAGCUGACAAGCACUUCGGGGCUGCGCCAGGUACCCCUGGAUCCAAGGCCCGCCCGUAUGUGCGCUCAAGUGGCCGCAAGUUCGAGAAGGCGCGUGGUCGCAGAAAGUCGCGUGGAUACAAGAACUAA